CAUAAUUUUUCAUUCACAUCUAUCCUAAAUUUUAACUUUUUUUAAAAAAAAUUCUUCUACACAAAACUUCUCUUCAAUAUUAAAUUUCUCUUCACAUGGAUCCUUCCGAUCCUUCCCACAUUGCAAAAAUGUUCAUGGAUUAUAUGAAUGAUGACAUCGAUGAAGAACUUGUGAGACUUUACUUUGAAAUUCAAGCGCAAGAAGGAGUUGUGAGCUCUAGCAGGCCGAGGCGUCAAAGAAGGAAUAUAGAGAGGAAUCGUGAAGAGGAACAUAAUCGAUUAUUCAAUGAUUACUUUUCAGAAGCUCCGGUAUACACAGAUGAGCAGUUCCGUCGAAGGUAUCGAAUGCAUAAACAUGUGUUCCUUCGUAUUGUUGAAGCUCUCAGUCAACAUGAUGAGUAUUUUCGGAUGACGGUUGACGCAAUAGGUAGAUCAAGUCUUUCACCGCUGCAAAAAUGCACUGUUGUUAUUCGUAUGUUGGCUUAUGGAGGAUCUGCUGAUAGUGUGGAUGACUAUUUAAGAAUUGGUGAAACAACAACACUAAAAUGUGUUGAUAAGUUUACAAGGGGUGUGAUUAGCAUAUUUGGGGCACAAUACCUGCGAAGGCCAACUACUGAAGACGUUGAACGCCUUCUACAGAUGGGAGAGGCACGCGACUUUCCCAGUAUGUUAGGGAGCAUUGACUGUAUGCAUUGGGAAUGGAAAAAUUGUCCCGUUGCUUUGAAAGGACAAUAUGUUCGAGGUGAUCAUGGUAAACCCACUAUUAUGCUCGAAGCAGUGGCUUCGCAAGAUUUAUGGAUUUGGCACGCAUUUUUUGGAGUAGCGGGUUCAUCCAAUGACAUCAAUGUGCUAAACCAAUCUCAUGUCUUCAAUGAUGUUCUCCAAGGGCAAGCUCUUGAGGUAAAUUUUACUGUUAAUACCAAAUACAACAUGGGCUACUAUCUAUCAGAUGGCAUUUAUCUGGAAUGGGCCACAUUUGUUAAAAGCAUCCCAAUGCCACAAGGGGAUAAGAGAAAAUUGUUUGCCCAACAUCAAGAAGGUGAAAGAAAGGAUAUUGAACGGGCAUUUGGAGUUCUUCAAUCUCGAUUUGCAAUCAUACGCAACCCGGCUCGAUCUUGGCAUUUGGAUGCACUAAAGCGUAUAAUAGAUACAUGCAUCAUAUUGCACAACAUGAUUGUUGAAGAUGAACGUGCUACAUAUGGUGGCAAUUUUGAUUAUUCUUAUGAUCAUUUUGGCAACGCAACUGCAGUACCCGAUGCUUCUAAUAUUGAUUUUCAAUAUUUCUUAUGUAGAAGAUUUCAUGUUCGUGAUAAGCAAAUUCAUCGUCACCUUCAACAAGACUUGGUAGAACAUAUAUGGGAACAUUUUAGGCCUAAAAAUAACCAUAAUUGA